AUGCGUUGGACUCCCCUCGCCGAUCAAAUGCUCCUCCUCAAGCUCAUCGAGACCCACGAGAUCAACAUCGACACCGCCAAAGUCGCGGCUGCAUGGCCUACUGAUCUCGGUGGUGAGGCGCCGCCCACUGCCCGAGCCAUCAAGGAGCGACUGUCCAAAAUCCGCGAGUUGAUCAAGCAGUCGGGUGGCAGUACCUCCAUCAGUGCUCCUACUGGCAAGCGCGGUCGUGUCAAGAAGAACACCUCCCCCAAGAGCACUUCUGCUUCUGGAACUAAGGCCCCAGCCCGCUCCCGCAAGACCAAGCAGCAGGGCACCGCGACCGUCAAGCAAGAGCAGGAGUCCCUCGAUGCCGCCGAUCAGGAUGACGAACUGGACGAACUCCUGAAUUUGCCUCAGUACAAGACCCACGCCCCUGAUGUCGAGCUCACUGACAUCCCGGAGUACCCCGCUCUGGCUCCUGAUGCCGAGGAGGGGGUUCCCAGCCCUCACAACAACCCUGAUGAGUUCGACAAGGAGGCCUAA